GCCGGAUAUCCGGCCGGCGGCGGAUGUUGACAGUUGAGAGGCUCGGUUAAGUUCAAGACUGCAGCCUCGGGAUGGCAGAUGACAAUGAAGACUUGCAAGCGGACGAGGACCUCCCAGAGGGGGAGACGUUUGACCAGCUGGAGAAAACUGAACGGAGCGGUCACGUGGCGGUCACCGACGGCCAGUGCAUGUUCGUGUGGGGUGGCUAUAAGAAUGCCCAGGUGAGGGGCUUUUAUGACUUCUACCUGCCCAGAGAUGAGAUCUGGAUCUACAACAUGGAAACCGGAAGAUGGGCAAAGCACAGGACAGUGGGAGACGUGCCCCCUUCCAUGUCGGGCAGCUGCGCCGUCUGCGUGGACAGGGUCUUGUACCUGUUUGGAGGACAUCAUGCACGCGGCAACACAAAUAAGUUCUAUAUGCUGAAUUCCCAGGCGAACGCCCAAGUCCUGCAGUGGGUCCGGGUGGACUGCCAGGGAGUUCCUCCGUCCUCCAAGGACAAGCUUGGCGUCUGGGUGUACAAAAACAAGCUGAUAUUCUUUGGCGGCUAUGGGUACUACCCCGAAGGGGAGCAAAUCGGAACGUUCGAGUUUGAUGAAACCUCUUAUUGGAAUUCAGGCCUUCCUCGAGGAUGGAACGAUCACGUCCACAUGCUGGACACGGAGACUUUUACGUGGAGCCAGCCCGUCACGACGGGCAAACUGCCCUCUCCCCGGGCCGCCCACGCCUGUGCCACAGUCGGGAACCGAGGCUACGUCUUCGGGGGCAGAUAUCGAGACUCUCGGAUGAAUGACCUCUACUAUCUCAACCUGGAUACGUGGGAGUGGUGUGAAAUCGUCACGCAAGGGGCGUGCCCCGUCGGCCGCUCCUGGCACUCGUUAACUCCGGUGUCGUCCGACCACCUCUUCCUCUUCGGCGGGUUCACCACCGACAAGCAGCCGCUGAGUGACGCCUGGAUUUAUUGCAUCAGUAGAAACAAGUGGAUACAAUUUCAGCACAAUUAUGCAGAGAAACCCCGGCUUUGGCAUACAGCUUGUGCCAGCGAAGAAGGAGAGGUGAUCGUCUUCGGCGGCUGUGCUAACAAUUUACUUGCCCAUCAAAAAGCAGCCCACAGUAAUGAGAUCCUGGUGUUUUCACUGCAACCGAAAUCUCUUGUAAGACUCUGCCUGGAGGCCAUCUUGUGCUUCAAGGAGGUCCUGGCCGGCUCAUGGCACUGCCUGCCCAAGCAUCUGCUCCACAGCCUCAACCAGCGCUUCAGCAGCAGCAACAACACCUCUGGCUCCUAGGAAGCGGCGGGGGUCCCCCGGCGGCCGCCCCUUCCCCCCCCCCUCCGGUGCAUGGAUGAGCCCGCCCACCGAGAGAUGUAAUCGUCAUCUGACCACCCCUCCGUGACGUCUGUAUAGGUUAAUAAUAUCCGUUUUCUUUCUUUGCAUCGUCGUAGGGUAACCGGACGCUUCUCGGCUUCGACCUCUUU